GGAAAGCUGUAUUGCCUUUGGUGCAGAAGCUUAGAAGACAACACUGGUUUCACAAUGGGCUCCAUUGGUGCAGCAAACACGGAUUUUUGUUUUGAUGUAUUCAAGGAGCUGAAAGUCCAUCAUGCCAACGAGAACAUCUUCUACUCCCCCCUGAGCAUCGUUUCAGCUCUGGCCAUGGUCUACUUAGGCGCAAGAGAAAACACCAGGGCUCAGAUAGAUAAGGCUCUUCACUUUGAUAAAAUCCUAGGAUUUGGAGAGACUGUUGAAUCUCAGUGCGACACAUCUGUAAGCGUCCACACUUCACUUAAAGACAUGCUCAUCCAAAUCACCAAACCAAGUGACAAUUACUCAUUCAGCUUUGCCAGUAAAAUUUAUACUGAAGAGACAUACCCAAUCCUACCGGAAUACUUACAAUGUGUGAAAGAACUGUAUAAAGGAGGCGUGGAAACUAUCAGCUUUCAAACAGCUGCAGAUCAAGCCAGAGAGGUCAUCAAUUCCUGGGUUGAAAGUCACACAAAUGGAAUGAUCAAAAACAUCCUUCAGCCGGGCUCUGUGGAUCCCCAGACUAAAAUGGUCCUUGUCAAUGCCGUUUACUUCAAAGGAAUAUGGGAGAAAGCAUUCAAGGAAGAAGACACCCAGGAAAUGCCUUUCAGAAUUAAUGAGCAAGAAAGCAAACCUGUGCAAAUGAUGUAUCAGAUUGGUUCAUUCAAAUUGACAGUGGCGGCUUCUGAGAACCUGAAGAUCCUGGAGUUUCCGUACGCCAGCGGGCAGCUGAGCAUGAUGGUCAUAUUGCCUGAUGAAGUCUCUGGCUUGAAGCAGCUUGAGACUUCAAUCACCUCUGAAAAACUCAUUAAGUGGACCAGUUCUAAUACGAUGGAAGAGAGGAAAAUAAGAGUUUAUCUCCCCCGCAUGAAGAUAGAGGAAAAAUAUAACCUCAAGUCUGUCUUAAUGGCCUUGGGUAUAACCGACCUGUUCAGCUCAUCAGCCAAUCUCUCCGGCAUCUCUUCAGCAGAGAGCCUGAAGAUGUCUGAAGCCGUCCACGAGGCAUUUGUGGAAAUCUAUGAGGCAGGCAGUGAGGUGACAAGCUCAACAGGAACUGAGAUGGAGGCUGAAAAUGUCUCUGAAGAGUUUAAGGCUGACCACCCUUUCCUCUUCUUAAUCAAGCACAACCCAACCGACAGCAUUGUCUUCUUUGGCAGAUGCAUGUCCCCUUAAGGAGAAGACAGUUGAAAGAUUUUUCUGUCCCUCAGAGCAAGACCCAAAGCACCGAAGUAUCAAGGGUAAAAAGAAAUGCAUACUCUCUCUUUCAUCCAUAUCUUCUAAAAUCAGAAGGCUUU